AUGGAUCAGAGUAUAUUCACCUUAUUGAGUCUAAAUGCUAAACAGGCAAGAAAAAUUUGGAGGCGGCGAAUAAUAAAAACAAAACCCUUCGCUCACCUCAAAUACUUGACUGGAGCCUGGAGGCUGUGCCUAAGUAAUCAGCAAUGUUCAGGAUGCGAGGAUGUAGGGUUCAGCUGGAAGAGGUGGACGGAUUCGAUUUCGGGUUUGGAGCGGAGAUUGGUUAUUGGAGUCUGCUGUGUGUCUCACAUCAGCUGUGAGAUAUGGGUUUUUAAUGGAUAUUUUGAAAAGGAAAAAUUACUUAAAAUCAGAUACUUAAAGUUUCAAAUUCAAGGUUCAGGGGGCAAGUUUAUUUGUGCAAAAAUCAGUAUUAUAUCUAAUUAUAUCCCCCAAAUUAAAUUAAAAACCCUAACAUUUCCCCCAAUUUUCAAACCCGAUUCUCGUCUCCUCAUUUUCUCCUCUUGGCGUCGGCUUCUCUCCCCUCGAUGCCGACAACCCGUUCAACCACUCCAAAGGCGACGAAGGAGAUGCGCCGAUGCCAGCACACACUCGUCUUCUCUCUGGCGUUUGUUUUGUGAGCCUCGUAGCCAUGGUUUUGGGGUGUUGUUCGGACGAUUAGAACAGCACCGUAGCAGAGCCUUUGCGGCAGAGAAUGUAUUGGCCAGUGAGUUGAUGAAAAUGAAUUCAGGACACUAUGUUUCACUGAUAAUUCCAUUGCUGAUCGUCGGAGGAGAGAAUUCCCAUGAAAAAACUGUUCGAUAUAAGAGUGUUAAGCUUCUCCGGCCAAGCGAUACAUUAGUUCUUGGCCGGGCUUCUCGGCCUGUCACCACACAAGGUUAUGAAAGUGCUGAAAGCAAAGAAAUAUCAAAGAUGAAGAAAAACUUGCCAGAAUCAGCUGGCAAUUUGAAGAUGAAUUUGCUAAAGCUAUUGAUGGUGUUUGGAAUGGUGGUGCGGUACUUGGUUGUUGAUGGAUUUGGAGGGGUGAUGGCGGUGCUAUGGUGGCAGUAGUGCCUCAAGCAGUAAAUGGUGGUGGCAGUCAGGCGGUGGUUUACAUGUUUUGGCAGUGGUUUUUGUUGGUGACGUCGUGGAUUUUGUUUGGUUGGUUCAAAGAGGUGAUGUUUCAUGAUGUGCAUUGUUAGGAAUAGUGGUGAUGCUAGUAGUGUUGGUUUAAAGAGGUGUUAUUUUGUGAUGUGCAUUGUUGGGGGUAGUGGUGAUGCUGGUGGUAGUGUCGGCGUGGUCGGUGGUGGUGUGAUAGUGUUUUGUGGUGUGGUGCAGUCAUUGUUGUGUUUUGGUGGUAGUUUUUGUUAUUGGCUGUGGUCGUGGUGGUGUUGUGGCGGGAGCAGAGUGUAAUAGGAGGAAAUGGUGAUUGUGACCAACUAUUUAGUGGCUCUAUAACCAAAUAUUGGUGGUGAAUUGAGAUCGGAAGUGAUGUUUGGUAUAUGUGAUCAACGAUUUUGCUUUUGACCUUAAAAUUUGAUAAUAUGUAACCUCGACGAUUUGGUCCGUCGCCUUAAAAUUUGAUAACCUGAGACUAAAACAUAAUCUUUGACCAAUAAAACUUUUGAUCUUUUGAUCUGUGACGUCGAAAUUAUCCGUGACUUAUCAAAAUUUUGAUUUGUGACGUUGAAAAAAUCUGUGACCAAUUAAUUUGAUUAUACGUCACCAGUAAGUAAAUUUGUAACCUAUAAUUGUGAAUAUGUGACAAUUAAU